AUGGAGCGCAUUUCGGCUUUUGGCAAAUGUAAUCUGCCUACAGAGAAAGUCUUUCCGAUUCAAAUUGGAUCCGAGGUCUUUCGUCUUUCCGGAGCUUCAAUUGCUUCAGAUGCUCCAUCCUACUUCUCACGGUUCUUCGAGGAUCAACUGCUUCAGACUCAGGAUGUCGCCAACAUUAGAACUCUCUACAUCGACCGCGAUCCAGCCACAUUUCGCGAAAUUGCGAGACAUCUGCAGGGCUACCAUAUUCGACCGCAGGAUGGCGCUCAAUUCGUUAAGCUAUUUGCUGACGCGCAAUUCUACUCAUGUGCGAAUCGCCCCUUCCAAGUCCGCGGAGGUAGCUUUGAUUGCUUACUGGUAACAGUGCCCCGGCUAAUGUCCCAACUUUUCGAGGCGGAAUGCUUCAUCCAAAUUGGCGACCGUCACUUCCAAAUUCCCCGCGAUAUAUUUUCGAGUCCCGGUGACUCUCCCAAUUUCUUCACUCUCGGGUUCGCCGCCUUCUUCGCUUCUCCCUCCGAAGUAUUUCCUGGCCUGGACCGCCAAGGUCUUUUGCGACCUCCGGCCAUCAUCCCCCCGAGCGUGCCAAAUCGAUCUGCCGACGUCUUCGACGAACUUCUUCAUAUGCUGCGCGGCUAUCCAAUACAUAUAAGGAAUGAGGAGCACCGGGCGUCGCUCUUGCGCGACUGUCGUUAUUUCCACCUGCGCGGCUUGGAACAGAAGUUGAUACCGCAUCAGAUUACGACAAACCCCUUCAACCAGCGGUCGGAAAUUGUCAUACGGCUGGAGGAUGUGCGGCCAUCUGGAAUUGAUUUCGGCUUUGAUACAGCUGAGUCGCAUCUGGCGGGUGGAAGGGUCAAAUACGCGCGCCCUUUUGUAGAUGAGACGGCUGCUGAUUUGGUGGUUGAAAUUGGCGACGAGUCGAGUCUAUUCUAUCGAGAAAGCAUGCGCACUGACUUUCUAGGUCUCUCGAAGCAAAGGAUCACCAGUUUGUUACAGACAGUACGCAAAAAGAUGGACCUGCCUGAUGCACAUCCGCCUUUGGAUCAAACCCCAAUCAAAAUCCAUCUCAGUUGUGAAACUGAUCUCACAGUGGAUGGCGAGCAGAACCAGCAGCCUAUGGCCAUGUCGACACAUAAGGCGGAAGCUGAUACAAAUAGUCUGCCCCCAGCCAAACGGCCACGAAUCGAUGGUACGGAUGACACACCCUGGAUCAUUCGCACAGGGCAAUGGCGAAUACGGGUGGAGAAGGGUGCAACUGGAAUACACGAGGCUGUUUUGAUCCCUGUCAAGCUGGACGUAUAUACCAGUUCGCGGGUCCGGAAUCAGUCACGGACAUUUUUAUUCGCCGGUUCGCGUGUCCAAAGCUAG